GCUGUCAAUGACACCAGUGACUGUUUGCUGACGAACAGAGCGCUGGAGAAGUAUUAUCUGCCCACCAUGUACAGCCUGGAGUUCAUCUUGGGCGUCAUCGGAAACGCCAUCGCGGUUUUCGGCUACGUUUUCUGCCUGAAAAAGUGGAAAAGCGGCAACAUCUACCUGUUCAACCUGUCCAUCUCGGAUCUGCUGUUCCUGUGCACGCUGCCCGUGCUGGUGAGCAGCUACUCGCAGGAGCAGUGGGCGAGGGAGGGUGUCCUGUGCCACAGCAACCGGUUCCUGCUGCACGCCAACCUGUACAGCAGCGUGCUGUUCCUGACGGCGGUCAGCGCUGACCGCUGCCUGCUGGUCACCCGGCCCUUCGGGGAGCACCUCCUGCAGCGGAGGAGAGCGGCUGUGGCAGUGUCUGCUGCCAUUUGGGGAGGGGUGAUCCUGGAGCUGCUGCCGCUGCUGCAUUUCCUGGAGCCCCCCGGCCCCAGCAAUGAUUACAAAUGUCUGGACUACGCCAGCUCGGGGGASCCGGCCCACAGCCUCAUCUACAGCCUCUUCCUGACGCUGUUUGGSUUCCUGAUCCCGCUGCUGGCCAUGUGCUGCUUCUACGUGCGCAUGGUGCGCUUUCUGCAGAGCAGGAGGGAGCAGCCCAGCUCUGCCCUGGCGCUGCACAAACCCCUGGCCCUGGUGRUCCUCACCGUGCUCAUCUUCUCGCUGCUCCUCACCCCGUACCACGUCAUGCGCAAUGUGCGCCUGGCGUCCCGAAUCCCGGCCCUCAACGUGUCCCCCUGCACGCAGAGCACCAUCAGCACCGUCUACGCCAUCACCAGACCCUUCGCCUUCCUCAACAGUGCCAUCAACCCCCUCUUCUAUUUCCUGAUGGGCGACCACUUCAGGGAGAUGCUGGUGGCCAAGGCACGGCAGCUCUUGGGCAGGGUGGCCAGUGCCGGGAACUGAAUGAGAGAGGGGAGAGAACGGUGAUG